GAAAACAGAAGUGUAGAUCAAUGGGAGAAAGGCUUCAACAACAGCAAACAGGAAGGUCAAUGAUGUUGGCAGCAAUGGCUGGUGUGGCCCUGACUGCACCGCUGCUGGGAAUGAUGGGGUUCGGCUUCUUGGCAACAUCAACACUGCUAUUUAUAAGCUUACCUCUGCUGCUACUGUUCAGUCCUCUGCUACUUUUUGUUGGGUUGGUUUUCACGGUUGCCUUGGCCGGUUUCGCCAUUGCUGCAACCAUGGCUUUUGCAGGUGUAUCGGCUCUAGUGUGGAUGUAUAGAGAGAUAAGAAGAGAUAGUUUAGGAGCUGGUUCCAGUGAAGCAUUUGCACCAAAACUGGCAAGAGAUAUCUACCAUCUGAAACACUGGUCUGGUCUGGUCUGUUAA